AUGAAAUCUAAAGCCGUCACUCUCGCUGCACGCCCGGUAGGCAUGCCGAAAAAAAGCGAUUUCGCCAUUAUCGAAACGGACGUCGGUGAGCCUGGCGAUGGAGAGAUCCAGGUGCAGAACCUGUGUAUGUCUGUUGACCCGUACAUGCGCGGCCGCAUGGUCGAUCGUAAGUCUUACGUCCCACCUUUCCAGAUCGGCGAAGUACUCACCGGUGGGUGUAUCGGACGCGUGCUUAAGUCCAAUCACCCGGACUUCGCUGAAGGUGACCAUGUAUCCAGCCAUCACGGCUGGCGUGAAGCUUAUACCAGCGGUGUUGAAGGUAUUGAAAAGCUGGGCGCUCUGGUAACAGACCCGUCAGCUUACCUCGGCGCCAUUGGUAUGCCGGGCAUGACUGCUUAUGUGGGGCUGCUUGAAGUAGGCGCGCUGAAAGAUGGUGAAACGGUAUUUGUAUCCGGUGCUGCAGGGGCUGUAGGCAGCAUCGUCGGCCAGAUUGCCAAACUGAAAGGGUGCCGGGUGCUGGGCAGCGCCGGAGACCAGGAGAAAGUAGACCUGUUGACCGGCGAGUUAGGUUUCGAUUACGCCUUCAAUUACAAGGACGGCAAUAUCCUGAACCAUCUUCGUGAAGGUGCACCUGACGGUCUCGAUGUCUACUUUGAUAAUGUAGGUGGAGAUCACCUGCAAGCUGCCAUCACCCACAUGCGGCCUUUUGGCAGAAUUCCAUUGUGUGGUGCAAUUUCUGUCUAUAACGACUUUGAGCCUGCGCCUGGCCCCAAUAACCUGACCAUGGCUAUUGGCCUGGGGCUUACGUUGCGCGGUUUUAUUGUCAGCCACUUUAACCACCUGGCAGGCGACUUCCGCCGCGACAUGGAACAGUGGGUCACCUCGGGUCAGAUCAAGUAUAAAGAAACCAUCUACGAGGGAAUUGAUAACGCACCGGAUGCGUUUAUUGGUCUGUUUACCGGCGCCAAUGUUGGCAAAAUGGUCGUCAACUUCUAA